UUACUGUAGUUCAGUCAUUGGAGGAUCAGUGACAGAGAUGGCUCGUCUCACCUUUCUCCUUCUCCUGUGGGUCGGUGUUGCAGUGAGCACAGUGGUAGAUCUGCAGAAGAGAAUCAUCAGAGGUACACCAUGUGAUCGUCCGUACCAUGUCAGACUUAGAGGAGUUGCUCCUAACGGGGCUUCCAACUUGUGUGGAGGCUCUCUGAUCAGUGAACGGUGGAUUCUGACUGCUGCUCACUGCCUCAAGCCAGGAAGGACCAUGUUUGCAUAUUUAGGUGCAGGUGCUGCUGUUCGACCAGUCCAAAUCACAGCAAAUCCUGAGAUCUACCGCGACAACCGCAACAGACAACAUGACCUCAUGCUGCUGCAGCUACCUGGAAACUCUGGCAUUCAGCCUGUACCCCUUCCUCGUUGUGGAACUCAACCCAGAAUUUCUGAGACUGUGGAGAUACAAGGACAUGCUGCCAUCGUUGCGGGCCGGAAUAAUCAAAGGAUACCUGCUGAAGUACCAGAUCUCCACUGUGCAGACAUCCCAGUUGUUGACUGUACAAACUUCAGACGUGGUUUGCAGAGAAGUGCCCCUAACUUUUACCAAAACCAUGGGUACCAAGACUGGUUCUGUGGUCAAAGCCCUACAGUGGAUAUAUGUGCUGGAGACUCUGGUGGAGGAGUGGUGUAUCAAGGCAAGAUCUACGGUGUCAUUUCUUUUACUGGAAAUGGUGGCACAGCAUGUGCUGCACCAGCUGCUUUCAUGAACCUCUGCAAUCCUGAGUACAAUGCUUGGAUCGCUAGGAUCCGAACAACUGGAUAAAAAGCUUUAAGGUGUGGCUAACUGUAAACAGACUAAAAUGCUGUCAUGAUAUAUAUAUAUAGCUUUAGAUUGCUCAUUUGUCUUUCUGCACAGUACAAUUUGGUGGUCAGAGGUCAAAGUCGAGUAAAAUGCCAAAGAGGAUAAAAUGAUGAAAAAGUCAACUCCACUGUGACAUCUCAGUGUUCUGCGGAAACACUUUUAUGAUCUUUAUUCAAUGCCUUAACUUUGGAGCAGCAGCAGACAUGGUGGUCAUAUUUCACAUUUGAUCAUAUAUUGAAUUGUUGUCACUGAUCCUUGAUGUCCAUUUAAACUCUGGUGAUUGUAGAGAUCUUCUCUGCUGCCAGGUUGAAGAUUUGUGUGAAGCAUUUACACAUUAGUAAUUCUAGCUUCUUCUGCAGCCAUUUUCACACUUGAAGGCUUAAGUCUAAUAAUUCUGCAUUCAGCUUAAAUAAAAAAUGUAUCUGCA